AUGAAGUUCAACAUCAGCAACCCGAGCACCGGUGCUCAAAAGCUCGUCGAGGUGGAAGAUGAGCGCAAGCUCAGGUUUUUCAUGGAGAAGCGCAUGGGCUCUGAGGUGUCGGCCGAGCCCCUCGGUGAUGAGUGGAAGGGCUACAUCCUCAAGAUCACCGGUGGAAACGACAAGCAGGGCUUCCCGAUGAAGCAGGGUGUCCUCCUGCCCAACCGUACCCGCCUCCUCCUCUCCGACGGCCACUCCUGCUACCGUGCUCGCCGCUCUGGUGAGCGCAAGCGCAAGUCCGUUCGCGGUUGCAUUACCGGCAUGGAUCUGUCCGUCCUUGCCGUCUCCAUCGCCAAGCGUGGCGAGCAGGACAUCCCCGGCCUUACCGACGUCGUCCACCCCAAGCGCCUCGGUCCCAAGCGCGCCACCAAGAUCCGCAAGUUCUUCGACCUCAGCAAGGAAGACGAUGUGCGCAAGUACGUCAUUCGCCGUGAAGUCCAGCCCAAGGGUGAGGGCAAGAAGCCUUACACCAAGGCCCCCAAGAUCCAGCGCCUGGUUACUCCCCAGCGCCUGCAGCACAAGCGCCACCGCAUCGCACUGAAGAAGCGCCAGUCCGAGAAGGUCAAGGACGCUGCCAACGAGUACGCCCAGAUCCUCGCCAAGCGUGUUGCCGAGGCCAAGGCCAGCAAGGCCGACGCUCGCAAGAGGCGUGCCAGCUCCAUGCGCAAGUAA